AUGCGCGGCUUGGCAGUCUUCGCGUCGCUAGGCACAAGCCUCGCCCUCGGACUGGACGUCCCUCGGUCCUCUGUCGACACGCGUGUCGCGGUGGCGGAUCCGAACAUCCCGAGCCCCAGCGCCUGGGCCGAGAGAGCAGGGAGGGAGGGCCGGAGGUUGUGCAUUCUCGAGCCGGACGCCGACGGCGGGGACGAUGCGCCGGCGCUGCUCGCCGCGCUGAACGACAGGUGCCGGACCAGGAGCAUCGUCGUGCUGCCGGGUCCGGUCUACCACAUCAAGUCGCCCAUGGUGACCACCGAGCUGGACGACGUGGUCAUCGACCAGCGCGGCAAGUUGCUCUGGAGCAACGACACCAGCUACUGGCUCUCCGUGUCGAUGCCCGUGGGGUUCCAGAACCAGAGCACGGUCUGGCACUUUGGCGGCGACCGCGUGGUGUGGGAAGGCCACGGGGUCGGGACUCUGGACGGCAACGGUCAGGUGUGGUACGACCUGAACAAGGGGGGAUCCAACAUGCCCCGGCGGCCGAUGAACAUCAACUUCCGGGGCCUCUCGAACUCGGUCGUCAGGGGGCUCCGGUUCGUCCAAAGCCAGAUGUGGACGAUGAACAUCAUGCACUCGGAGAACCUCGUGCUCGAGGACAUGUACGUGAACAGCACAUCCUCCACGGAGAACAACUCGCUCAACACGGACGGCGCGGACACGAUGUACUCGGACAACAUCACCUUCCGGCGGUGGGUCGUGGCGAACGGGGACGACGCGAUCGCCGUCAAGGCCAACUCGAGCAACAUCCGCGUCUACGACAGCGAGUUCUUCGGCAGCACCGGCAUCGCCGUGGGGUCCAUCGGGCAGUUCGCCGGCCAGUUCGAGUACAUCGAGAACGUCUUCGCGCGGAACGUGACGCUGCACGACACGCUGCGGGCGUGCUACUUCAAGACGUGGACGGGCGUGCAGAUCGGCUACCCGCCCAACGGCGGCGGCGGCGGCACGGGGUACGCGCGCAACGUCGUGCUGGAGGACGUGACGCUCGACGGCGCGCGCGGGGAGCCGCUCUUCAUCACGCAGUGCGAGUCCUACUCCGGGCACGCGGGCGAGUCGUGCGACACGUCGACGUUCGCCAUCUCGGACGUCGUCUGGAAGGGGUUCAGGGGCACCGUCGCGGACGGCGUGGCCAGCGCGGGGUUCUUCCGGUGCAGCGCGGCGGCGGGCGGGUGCGGCAACCUGACGGUCGAGGACUUUGCCGUGAAGCCCGUCGGCCGGGACGGGGACGGGGUGCUGGAUACGUGGCUCUGCGAGAACGUCCACGGAGGCGGAGGGUUCGCGUGUCGGGAGAUCGAAGACGCUGACACUGACACUGGUACGGAGGAGGAGCUCUGA